AUGGCAGUCAGGGAAUCGCAAAAGUACCAGGAUGGUGUCACCCCGCUGAAGACAAAGGGCGAGAUUGAUAUUGUGCGCUUGGAAGCCGCCUUGGGACACAAGCAGGAGCUCAAGCGCAAUUUUGGGCUGUGGAGCUUGACCAGCCUAGGAAUUGUGAUCGCAAACUCUUGGGCAUCGACCGGUGGUACCAUUGUGGCUGCGCUGAAGAAUGGGGGUCCCAUGGCUGUUAUCUAUGGCCUUAUUCUGGUCAGCAUCUUUUAUACAGCCAUCUCCGCAUCGCUGGCUGAGCUAGCUUCAUCAAUGCCGUCAGCCGGGGGUGUAUAUUACUGGUCCUCAGUUCUGAGCCGGAAUCGCGGUCGCGGGGCCGGGUUCUUCACUGGUUAUCUCAAUGCUUGUGCGUGGCUGCUGUCUGCCUCAUCGAUGAGUUCCAUGCUGGGUAAUGAGGCGGUGGCAAUGUACCUGCUCAAACACACCGACGUGACCUGGUAUUCAUGGCAGGUGUUUAUCGUGUUCCAAAUUGUCAACUGGACCUGCUGUGCCAUUGUGUGUUUCGGGAAUCGAUUCAUCCCGUUGAUCAACCGAUUCGCAUUAAUUCUGUCAAUGUGUGGCUUGGUGGUCACAGUGGUCGUGCUGGCUGUGAUGCCGAAGACAUAUUCAAGCAACUCGCAGGUCUGGGUUGAGUACCACAACGAGACUGGUGGAUGGUCAGAUGGCGUGUGUUUCAUGACAGGACUACUGAACGCAGCCUUUGCAGUCGGAACUCCAGAUUGUAUCAGUCACCUCUCAGAAGAAGGUAUCAAGGUCCCAACCUCGAAAGAACGAAGCAAAGCUAACGCUCAGAUCUCAGUCCCUAAGCCUGAAUCCAGGGUCCCCCAGGGCAUUAUGAUUCAAAUGCUAACCGCUUUCACAACAUCAUUCGUCUACCUGAUCGCUCUCUUUUAUUCAAUUCAAGACCUCGAUGCAGUCUACACUAGCAGCAUCGGCUUUUUCCCCACUGCCGAGAUCUACCGACAAGCUACAGGCUCGAACGCUGGCGCCAUCGGUCUCAUCGCCGUGCUUUUCCUAGCAACCUUCCCAACACUGAUCGGCACAUUUGUGACAGGUGGCCGAAUGUGGUGGAGUCUUGCACGCGACAACGCGACGCCCUUCGCCAAUUACUUUUCUCAAAUUCAUCCGACACUCGAUUGUCCAGUCCGCGCAACAGUCGCUAUGAGCGGACUUGUGACCUGUCUAGGAUGUAUAUACGUCGGCAGUACCACUGCCUUCCAAGCACUGAUUUCUUCAUUCAUCGUGCUGAGUUCUCUUUCUUAUCUUGGUGCUAUUCUACCGCAUGUCCUGUCAGGACGCAGGAAAAUGGUUCCCGGACCCUUCUAUAUGGGUCAAAAGUUGGGGAUGGCAGUUAACAUCACUGCAUUGCUUUACAUCAUGGUCACGGUUGUGUUCUUCUGUUUCCCGUUGGUUUUGCCUGCCACCGUGCAAAAUAUGAAUUACACUAGCGUUAUCAUUGUGGGCUUGAUGGCUCUGACGGCGAUGUGGUGGCUGUUCAGGGGCAGACGCGAAUACCAGGGUCCACAGUAUAGCUUUGAGGCUGCGGAGAGGUUGACUGCUUUUCAAAGUGGCAAGGAAGGACGACGGUCUUUUAUUGAUGUGGCCAGUGAGCCACCUGUGCCUCGUCUUGACGAUCAUCCAGCUUUCAAGCGAUAG